AUGCAGCGUGCUCUACUGAUUAGCUCACGUACAAUGGCUUCAUUAAGCCAAGUACGAAUGGUUGGAGAACGUGGUUCUGGUGCUGGAAAAGGAGGCGGUGGUGGCGGUAGUAUUCGUGAAGCUGGUGGUUCCUUUGGUAAAAUGGAAGCUGCUAAUGAAGAUCAAUAUUUUUACAACCAGUCGAAAGAUCAAUUGGCUAAAUUACGCGACGAGUUACAUGAUGAAAUCUCAUUCCAUGAGGAACAAAUAAAACGUCAUCAAGAAGCCAUCACUCGCCAUAAGUCACGAAUCCAGACCAUGGACAAAAAGUAA